UGAAAGGGUGCGAAGCGAGAGCCUUUCAUCUUUAGGGAAUUCUGCUCAGGAAGGUUCUCCACGUUCUUCCUGUUGUCUCUGCACCAUGAAAAUAAAGUGUCCGUCCCUGCUCCUGGGCCUCAGCGUCUUGUUGGCUGCACCGGAAUUAGAGGCGCAAAAUUCGAUAGAUCCCUGCCCCCUGUGCCCUGCAGAUGCCCUCUGCCACAACCAAACCCACUGUGUUUGUAUGGAUGGAUUCUGGUCUCAUUCAAGAAGGAAAUACUUCACUGGGACCAAGGACAGAUGUGAAGACAUCAAUGAGUGUAAGACCGGGCAGGCAAAAUGCAAGGAAGCGUCAUACUGUAAAAAUAAAAUUGGAAGCUACAUCUGCAGCUGUCUGAUCAAUUCUAGAUUCUCCUGGGUAGCUGGUAUCUUCGAAUUCGACCGUCCAGAAUGUUGUCUAAAUGUCUCAUCUAGAUGUGGGAAUACUAACAGCAUCUAUUCGGUUAUAUGUUGCUGUAGCUCAAGAAAGGAAAUUGCAAGGCAGGCUACACAGUUUCUUCAGCAAGUGGAAAUGACCAUAUGGAAUCAGAGUUUUGCUUCCCCAGGAAAGGGUGAUAAUGCCAUACUUCAUAUAGUCUAUGAAACCAAGAAAUGUCAUGAGGAGACCUUUCUGGAAGCUGGAAAUAACACCAUGAGUAUCAACUGCGCUGAUGCUUUCAAAGAAGCCAGAAAAGAUGUGCGGGCAGUUGCUCUUAUCGCUUAUCAGUCUCUUGGGAAUACUCUGAAUGGAUCCUUCUUUAAUAAUUCAAGAAGGCUGCGAGGCGUGAGGCUGAACUCGCACAUCGUGAGUGGCACGGUCGGCUUGCAAGGCAGGGUGGACCUGUCGGAACCCGUGCUCCUGGCUUUUCAGCACACUCAGCCUGGUGUCGAGCACAUGCAACAUCUCUGUGUCUACUGGGAAGGAUCAGAGGCAGGGGGCAGCUGGUCGACAGAAGGCUGCCGCCGCGUGGGCAGCAACGACUCUUACACCACGUGCAAGUGCCGCCACCUGUCCAGCUUUGCCGUCCUCAUGGCCCUGAACCCCAAGGAGGAUCCCGUGCUGAGGGUGAUCACCUACGGGGGGCUGAGCCUGUCUGUGCUGUGCCUCCUCCUAGCGGUCCUCACUUUUGUCCUGUGCCGACCCAUCCAGAACACCAGCACCACCCUGCACCUGCACCUGGCUCUCUGCCUCCUCCUGGCCUGCUUCCUCUUCCUCGUGGGCAUCAAAAGAACAGAGCCUCGGGUGCUGUGCGCCAUCACCGCGGCGCUGCUGCAUUACCUCUACCUGGCCGCCUUCGCCUGGAUGCUCCUGGAGGGGCUGCACCUGUUCCUCACCGUCAGGAACCUCCGGGUGGCCAACUACACCAGUGCGAGCAGAUUCAAGAAGAGGUUCAUGUACCCUCUGGGCUACGGCAUCCCAGCCGCGACCGUCGCUGUGUGCGCAGCAGUCGGACACAAAUACUAUGGAACGAGUACUCACUGCUGGCUCACAGUCGAUAAAGGCUUCAUCUGGAGCUUCCUGGGCCCAGUGGCCGUCAUCAUCUCGAUAAACUUUGUGUUCUAUUUCCAAGUUCUGUGGAUUUUGAGAAGCAAACUUUCCUCCCUCAAUAAAGAAGUCUCUACCAUUCAGGACACCAGAGUCAUGACAUUCAAAGCCAUUGCUCAGUUCUUCAUCCUGGGCUGUUCCUGGGGUCUUGGUUUUUUCAUGGUUGAAGGACUGGGGGACACAGUUGAGUCAGUCAUGGCCUACCUGUUCACCAUUGUCAACGUCCUGCAGGGGGUUCUGCUCUUUGUGGCGCACUGUCUUCUUAACCGCCAGGUGCGAAUGGAAUACAAGAAGUGGUUUAGCGGGAUACAGAAAGGUGUUGGGGCUGACAGUACCGAUGUGUCUCGCUCUACUACCCACUCCAGAAUGGCUGACUUGGAACCUUUGCCAAAAUGAACGGAGCUGCAGUGAAUAUGGCCCUGAAGCAGGAGCCAAGGAAAUCAUCACACAGCCCACUGAAGGACCUUCCGUCAUCCCACUCCUGGUCGUCUCUGCUUCGUAGCCCAGGACUGAAAAACCGAUGUGGGCAUCCACGGUAUCUCCCUGUGGUCACACAGGGACUGGCCUCACCAUUUCCACCUUUUCUGUGACUCAUAAAGACCUGUCGCUUUGGCUAUUUUUAAAAUAAUUUUAUUAUCAUUAGUAACACAUUAAUUGUAAAAAGGAAUGGGUUUUCCUGCGGCAUUUCCAUACCUGUUUUGUGCUUUGACCAUCUCAACUGCCACUCCCACCCUCCCUUGUCUUCCCUUCUCUUCCCCUCCACCAAGGAUGUCUUCCCGGUCCCUAACAGUCCCUCUUGUAUUUUUAGAGCAUAUUUAUUUUCCUGUCUCCAUAUAUGAGCAAAGUCAUAUGAUACCUGCCAUUGUAUCUCUGGCUUAUUUUGCUUAAUAUGGUAUCCUUCAAUAUGAUAUAUACAGGACCAGAGAGAUCGCUAAGUAGAAUAGGCACUUGCCUGGAAA